AUGGCAAUUAGAAGAUUCGUGGCUCGCAGAGGUGCACCAGCCACGUUCUAUUCGGAUAACGGCACCAACUUUACGGGUGCAGCGGGUUUACUAGUAAAACAGAUACGCAACAUCAAUGAACAAUGCGCCGACACAUUCACAAAUUCGAAAACGUCCUGGAAAUUUAAUCCACCUUUGACGCCACACAUGGGAGGACCAUGGGAACGAAUGGUUCGGUCCGUUAAAGCAGCCAUGGCAGUAAUCGCUGGUCAUCCAUGCCACCCUAGUGACGAGGUGCUUGAAACGAUUACUUUAGAAUCGGAAGCGAUCGUCAACUCUCGACCCCUUACCUAUCUACCACUCGAUUCAUGGGAACAGGAAGCUUUAACGCCAAACCACUUUCUUUUGUACGGGUUGCAUGGCGUCACACAACCAUUGAAGUCAGUCGCGGUAAAUGGUCAGACUUUAAGAGAUAGCUGGAAACUCGCUCAGCAUUUAGUCGAUCUAUUUUGGACAAGGUGGGUACGCGAAUAUUUGCCAAUGUUAACUAGGCGCACCAAAUGGUUCCAGCCUAGUCAACCUCUGAAGCCCGGGGAUGUUGUGGUCGUAGUGGAGGAUAAGAAACGGAACGGCUGGUUGAGAGGACGUAUCAUUAAGGUCAUUCAUGGAAAAGACGGACAGGUUCGAAGCGCGAUCGUGCAGACAACAACAGGGCAGAUGACGCGACCUGCUGUCAAGUUGGCCUUGCUAGAUGUUGGAGGUGAGCAACACUCACCUCAGCUGCCGGAAAUACACGGGUGGGGGAUUGUUGAUAAGACCAGUGGGUUAUCACCUGAGACUAGUGGUGUUGAUAAGGCCAGUGGGCUAUCAACUAAGAAUAGUGGUGUGAAUUCCGGACACGCACCGAGAGUGACUAGAAGAACGGUCACUACCGCCGAAGCGGGAAAAGUGAAAUAG